CGCGGGCGGCGGCCAUGGCGGGAGUGCUGGUGUGCGCGGGCCGUGCCUCGGCCCUGCGGGGAUCGCUGUCACCGCUGAGGGCGGCCCGGCGAUUCCUGGUUUGCAGGCUGAAGUCAUCAGUCAGCUUUCUCACUCGACCGGAUCGACCAAAUAUUGCUUAUCAGAAACUAAAAGGAAGAAAUCCAGGGGUUAUUUUCCUUCCAGGCUUCAAUUCAAAUAUGAAUGGUCAGAAAGCAACUGCCCUUGAAGAUUUCUGCAAAUCGUUAGGUCAUGCCUUCAUCAGAUUUGACUAUACAGGAUGUGGAAGUUCAGAUGGUAAAUUUGAAGAGUGUACAAUUGGGAAGUGGAGAAAAGAUGUUCUGUCUAUACUGGAUGAACUUACAGAUGGACCACAGAUUCUGGUGGGCUCCAGCAUGGGUGGAUGGCUGAUGCUUCAUGCUGCAAUAGCACGUCCAGAUAAAGUAGCUGCUCUGGUUGGAGUUGCUGUAGCAGCAGAUCACGUGGUAACAACUUUUAAGAGGCUUCCUAUUGAGGCACAAAAAGAAAUAGAAGAAAAGGGUGAAUGGAAGUAUCAAACAAAGCAAAAUGAAGAAGGCUAUUACUCCUUGACCUAUGACUUUAUCAGAGAAGCAGAAAAUCACUGCGUGCUGAAUAGUCCUAUUCCUGUGACAUGUCCCAUACGCCUUAUUCAUGGCAUGAAGGAUGGGGAUGUCCCUUGGGAGAUCUCUAUGCAAGUUGCUGACCGUGUUUUGAGCAAGGACGUGGACGUUAUCCUCCGCAAAAUCGGCCAGCAUCGGAUGAGUGACAAGGAGGAUACAAAGCUCCUUGUGAAUACUGUUGAUGAUCUAAUUGACAAGCUGUCAACAGUAGCAUAAGCUGAAGAGUAGCAUUAGUGCAUGAACUCUACACCUGACUCUUUUCCUUGAGUAACAGAAGCCUUGUUCUUACCCAGAUGGUGGCAAGCUUGUGACUGUCACAGUAGGAACUGAGCUUUAUCUGCUGUUUCCUUACCUCUGUUUCGUAAAUACAGGAAUUGUAUUAUUGCUGCAUUUGCACACAGUCCAAAGUGUGAAGGAGUGCUGCUAUUGUGUUCAGAACCUCUCCUUCACCAUUUUACCAAUUUUUUUUCACAAAUUUCCUACAAUUUUGUACUGACAUGUUGAUUGCUUUUUGUUGCUAUUCGCCUGUACAGCAAAACUUUAUUUUCACAUCUUUGACACCUGUUACUGUCCUUCCGCUGUAACAUCAUUGUAUCUUAUGUCUAAACAAUCUGUGCAAGGCAAACUACAACUUGAGUGUUUACUGAAGUUAGUUAUUAGAAUAGUUAGUACCGUGAAACACAAUAAACAGAUUUCAGAUAAAUGGUUAUUUUGUUCUGAAAAGCUGUUAAAAAGUGGAAAGCACACCCUGAUGGUGUGCUUGUGGUACUGCAUAGGCUUUCUUUCUUAGAAGAAAGCCUUAAGAGCUCUUUAUCUGUGCUUAUCAGGAGGGUGUCUGUGAUCUUCUCCAGGCUGCCAUUUGUCGUUCAUUUGUGGGCCUACUGUUAAGGAAACAAUAAAUAAUCUUAGUGUAAACUGAAACUGGAUCAAUAAGAUGACUUUAAUAGUAACUUCUUCAAAGUAGGGAGUACAGUGCCACAGAGCACCGUUCCCUCUUUCCCACGACUUGAGAGCUGUGGAUUGCUAGGCACAGUGUCUUCUUCAGCUGCAUGAGUCCAACCCUGAGAAGCUGUAAAUGGAACUUGAAAGUUGAAUAAGUCUUAAAAUGUAAAUCCAUGGAAUUUAUUAGGAAAUCGAUUUAAUUGCAAAUAUGACUGUUACCUGGGUUUUGUACAGAAAUACAGUACCAUUCGUACACUUGAGAGAGAGGCUGGAAAUAGUUCAGGCUGGCCUUAAUGUGUAAUAUCAGUCAAAAGCAUAUAAUUCUUUCUGGGUUUAUUAUUUGAAGUAGUAAAUGGCAUCACUAUUGUUACCUUAAAAGACUAGAGCUGCUGGGGGUAAGGUAUUUCUAGAGAGUUUGUCAUUUUCAGUUUUAGCUAUGUCAGUAGAAGUGUGCUGAGCAGGGCUUUGCUGAGGCAAUGGGUUUUAAUUAAAAAAAACACCACAAACAAAUAACUAAAGUUUAAAAAAAAACCACAGCAACAACAAAGCCAAAAUUUUGGAUUAGUUCCUGUGAACUACAGUUCUAUUUAGGCUUGCAAAAACAAGCUGUGAUGUAAAAAAUCUGAAUUUGAUAUAAAAGUAAAAAAAGAUGGCUCUUGUUUAGAUGCAAAUUUCCUACUUCAAGUGUACCAAUUCCCUAACUUAGUGAAUGCUUUGGGUUGGAAGGAACCUUAAAGAUCAUCUGGUUCCAACCACCAUCCCAUGGGCAGGGAUAUAUUCCACUAGACCAGGUUGCUCAGAGCCCCAUCCAGCCUGGCCUUGAACACUUCCAGAGAUAGGGCAUCCACAACUCCUACGGCCAACUUGUUCCAGUGCCUCACAGUAAAGAAUUUUUCCCUAAUUAUCUGAUCUAAACCUAGUCUCUAAGUUUGAACCCAUUCUUCCCCUUGUUCUGUCACAACAUGCUCUUAUAAAUAGUCUAUCCAGCUCAGGAUGAUCUAGAUUGGGAUAAUUGCUUGAGGAUAUUAGAACAUUUCAUGAAAUCUUGUUCCCUAAUAUUUCUGGCAUAGACUUCUGUUUGUAUCACUAUGCAAUUCACUUUAGCUUUAAAACCUCUGAAAUAUGUUUCUAACUUUUGAGAAACUUAAUGCAAAUGGCAUUCCUGGAGUUGGAGCUGUGUUCAUGUUUAUAUACUGUUAAGUAGUUGUCAUCUUUGUAUGUGUUUGUAUGACUUGCAUCUGAUAAUACCUAAAAAACAAAUUUUGUGGGUUUUAAAGAUGCAGUCAAAUCAAAAUUAUUUUAAAACUUUAUGCCCUAAGCCAUGAUAUGUUUUUAAAUGUAGUUUUGACACGUCUUAGAUUAGUUUGGCUCGUAAUGGAAGAAGAGGCUGAAACAAGUGGACUGCAAUAAUUCCAAAGUAAUUAAUUAAUGCCAAGAGUUACCAGUAGUAGUAGAUAUGCUUUUUCUUCACAUAUAUUAAAGUUACUUCAAUGACUGAAAAGCUUUGAGCUUUUUUUUUUAAUAGGGAGUUAUACCUGUAAAUACUCAAUUUAAUACUUCAGACAAGGUAAAGGCUUUGUGUGCCUGCACAAACUGUAGCUGCAUAUUUGUCUUGAGAGAGUUGCAUUGUAUUCAUGCUUCAUGUUAGCCUUUAUUAUAUAAUUGAUAUUUUACAGGUAAGGUGUCUGUUGCAAUGCCUUAGAGCAAGAUAGGUGAAAGCAAAUGUGAAGUGGAGCAGUUGUAUAGAGAGUUUUCAGGAGGGCUUUUUACCUUGUUUGCUUUGUUGGUGUUUUGUGUUGUUGCCCCCUCCAUUAUUCUCCUGUAAUAACAUGAGGUGGGAGAAUUCAGUGUAACAGGAUUGUCAUAAUUGGUUGCUGAAACCACAGCAUUACUGAAAAGUCCUGUUUUCCUUCUCUGCUGGCUAAAUGGAGAUCAGUGGUAGCAUUUACAGUACAGGUACACCCAAAGUUUGUUACAUGUAGUCUAAAUGCAAAGGCAGAGAUGGUACUUUCUUCAUAAAGACAAUAUUCCAGGUAAUGUUUUGAAAUUCAGGGAAUGCUAGUGUGCUUCUCUCUGUGCUCACUUUUUGUUUUUGUAAAUCAGGUUUGCUUAAAUAGGAAGAGAUAGACCUUAUGCAGACACACCUUUUUCUCUGACUUUGGUGUAGUAAUUCCAUUGAUAUUUAUCUUUGAAAACGUAAGCAUUUUCCCUGUGUUCAUGCUGGGAAUUACCAUAGUUUUGACUGUUGGUAACUUUGCGCGUUCAGGUACCUGAAAGAAGGGAUAGUGAUAACUAGGGAGGUUUACAUCCUACCUCUGAGCAGCUGUUCACCUACCAGGAAGUUUUGACAAUCUCAAAUAAGGUGGCAUUCACAUAUUACUAUGUCAUUCCAGAUUGGUAGUGUUUUGUCUUCUGCGUUAAUGCCUGGGGCAUGGCUUUUUUCUUUGUCAGUAGUGCCUACAUAGUAAUUAUUUUCAGUAUUAAUCAUGCUUAAAAACUAGUAUUUCAUUCCUCUGUAGAGAUACGGUAUUAAAAUAGGAUAUUACACACUUGGAAAGCUCUGCAUGAUGCAGAUUUUUAAAAUAAUUUUAAAUUAAUUAUGUUCUGUUUUGGGAUUUUUUUAACAGACUGCUGAUUUGUUGAUAAAUGCAAAGCAUUUUGUGAACAUAUAAUGUACAAUAAGCUUGAUUAGCAUGAAAUAUUCCGUUUCUAAAGCUAACUCAACUUGUUUCCUAAUAAACAAGUGCUCUUAUUUUGCUUA